AGGAAACAUCGCAAGGUUUCGACGACGUUGGUAUGAAAUGGCAGAAACUGUCACGGAAGCACAACGAUUAGGUUACCCAGAAGCUACACAUGUUUUCUGCCAUGACCCUGGCAUGCUAGUGUGAGGAAAACGGGAGUGUAUCUGGAAAAAAAGGAUUAAAAAGAGCUGUUUUUUCCUCCACACACACAAGGGGAAAACGUCCGGAUUGUGUCCGAGCUGCAAGCGCCGACUGCGGCUGUUGGAAUCGAACGGAGAGGGGUUUCGAGAGAAGAGCUCCACUUGGAUGCCCAGUGGUUUGUCCACGGCUUCAUGAUGAACAGGAACAAGCGUGAGAAGGAGUACUACAGUAUAGAUGUGGGAGAUUCAACGUUCAUGGUCUUAAAACGCUACCAGAACCUCCGACCCAUCGGAUCCGGAGCGCAGGGGAUCGUCUGUUCAGCGUAUGAUCACAACUUUGAGAGGAACGUCGCCAUCAAGAAGCUCAGUCGGCCGUUCCAGAACCAAACUCACGCCAAGCGCGCCUACAGGGAGCUGGUGCUCAUGAAGUGUGUCAACCACAAGAACAUAAUCGGCCUGUUAAAUGUAUUCACACCACAGAAGACGCUGGAAGAGUUCCAAGAUGUGUAUCUGGUGAUGGAGCUGAUGGAUGCUAACCUCUGUCAGGUGAUCCAGAUGGAGCUGGACCACGAGCGGCUGUCCUACCUGCUCUACCAGAUGCUGUGUGGGAUCAAACACCUGCACGCUGCCGGCAUCAUUCACAGGGACCUGAAGCCCAGCAACAUCGUGGUGAAGUCCGACUGCACUCUGAAGAUCCUGGACUUCGGUUUGGCCCGAACCGCCGCCACCGGCCUCCUGAUGACGCCCUACGUUGUGACCCGAUAUUACCGCGCCCCCGAAGUCAUCCUGGGAAUGGGUUACCAGGCCAACGUUGAUGUCUGGUCUGUUGGCUGCAUCAUGGCUGAAAUGGUCCGGGGUAGUGUGUUGUUUCCAGGCACUGAUCAUAUCGACCAGUGGAACAAGGUGAUCGAACAGCUGGGAACGCCGUCUCAGGAGUUCCUGAUGAAGCUCAACCAAUCGGUGAGGACCUACGUGGAGAACAGACCUCGAUAUGCAGGCUACAGCUUCGAGAAGCUCUUCCCCGACGUGCUGUUUCCUGCAGACUCUGAACACAACAAACUGAAAGCGAGCCAGGCCCGGGACCUCCUCUGCAAGAUGCUGGUGAUCGACGCCUCAAAGCGGAUCUCAGUGGACGAGGCUCUGCAGCACCCCUACAUCAACGUGUGGUACGACCCGACUGAGGUGGAGGCGCCGCCGCCCGCCAUCACAGACAAGCAGCUGGAUGAGAGGGAGCACACGGUGGAGGAGUGGAAAGAUUUUAUAUAUAAAGAAGUGUUUGAAUGUGAAGAAAGGACGAAGAACGGAGUCAUCAAAGGACAGCCUGCGUCCAUAGGUGCAGCAGUGAGCUCCACUCCUCCUUCUUCUUCUUCUUCUAUCGACGCCUCCUCGACCCUGACCCCCGACAGCAGCCUGCAGACGGAUAGCAUCGCCGCCGCCGCCGCCGCGGAUGCUACAUCCAGCCCCCCGGCCUCCUGCAGAUGACUAUCAUCUAACCCCCAAAACAUCCACUUCCUGGUUCUGGGCUGGGCCCCGCCUCCUGGUCAGACCCAAGACCACUACACUAGCCCCGCCCCCCUUGCAUUUGCCCCUCCCACUUUCCCCUCUUGUGCUAGUCUUCAGUAGUGUAGCGAUUAGCCAGCUAGCUGUUUGAGAAAUUCUUUCUGAAAGGACAGAUCUUUAUUUUCUUUCUUAAAAAAAAUAAAAUACAAUUACAGUUAUUUUCUUUUUCAUUUUGAGUCCUAGCUGUAAUUAAUUGUGGCAUUUCUUAAUAUUAGUUUUUUCUUCUCACAAACCUAAGAUGACGAUAAGAGAGUUUUUAUGAUUUCACUACGUUCCGGUUAGUUUUUAACCGACCGUGAGAAUUGAAAGAAAUAUGUGUAAAAAAAAAAACGUUUUAAUGUGAUCUAUUUUUCUGUUGGACUUCAUUCGUUUCACUCGUAAGCUACUGCUUUUACAACUUGCCAUAUAAAUGUAGAUUGAGUUUGUACAGAUUUUAUGGUAUAUGUAGUUUUAUCUUCAAUACGAGUUGCAGUGAGCCAUUGAAACAUAAUCGAAUUGACAGACGUAUGAUCUUAGUACUCCCCUUAUCUAUGGAUAUCUUUUGAGUGCUUAUGACAUAUCCUAAAACAUGUUUUUCUUUUCUUGUGAGUCACUACUACUUCCUACAUUGUAAACAUGUGAUGAAAGCUUUAUAAUUUACUCUUCCUGUUCCGAUAAUAGGGUUUCAAAAGGAUUUUUCACUCAGCAUAUGAUUCUGCAUUUACGCUAAGGGAUUGAGAAUGACACAGUUAGGUUUCGCGAGAUAUAACUUGGGGCUUUUUGAAGACCGUCUUCUGUAUUUUUAAAGUGCUUUAAAGUCUUUUUGUGUGCAACAGGCUAAUGGAUCUGGAUCGAUGGUUUUGCCUUUUUAGCGUGGGUUGAGCUUUCGGGCUUGCUUUGACAAGUGAUUUGUCGCUAAAAGUAAAGAAUGUUUUUUUUGUUGGAGGUUUAUUGAGACGUAGGUGAGUUGUGCGAGGUUGUAAAAUCGGUGAUGGUGUAAGUAUGUGCUUCAGUAAAGUAGGGAUUUGUGAUUUAUGGGAAAGCAUGUGAACGUGACAACGUUUAUCGAGGGAUAGUGAUUCUGCAGCCUGAUGGUAAAAAAAAACCUCAACCAUAUCCUGUUAUUAGUAAUGUAGUCAAUUUGGAAUUUAAAGAGUGAUUUUUCUUAAGGAUGGCCAAACACUUUGCGUACCAGACUUGCCUGCAAUUGUGAAAAAAUAACCUAGCACGACCAACGAGAGUCAAAAGAAACACAUUAUUCUUACGGUAUGCAAUAAUCGUGCCCUUGUUUCUUUAAUUUAGCUUUGAAAGGAAAAGUGCCUGUUUGUCAUUCAUUCCUGAGUACGUCGGAGGAAUUCAUUGCAUUAUGUUUUAAUGGUUAAAACGGUGGUUUCCAUAUUAAAACCGAUAAUGUAUGACAGGGUUGUAGUUCACACAAAAUGUGUCGUAUAUUUUUCUACUUGUUUUGGUUUCGACCCUUUGAGCGGGAGACCGCAGCGUCUUGCAGGGUAAGAAGGUGAGGGCGAAUACGUUGAGUAAUUUCAGGAGAAAAAAGGCAGUUUUAUCAAGGUCUUUCAUCAAAGUAUGUUUCUUUGCAGUGACAACAACCGAAAUAUAUGUUAAUAACCGUGUCUUGGCUUUUCUAUGAGGACUAAUUUAAUGUGAUGAUUGUAAGAGAAGAAUGAACAGGAUGGGUUUAAAUUCAAUUACUGGAUCAAACUAAAUGAGGGAACUUCGCGACUGCAUUUUUGUCAGUAUUUAGUGGAUACCAUUUUAAAUUAGCAGAAUAAUGCUUUAGUAAUCAACAUAUAUCUGAGAUACAGAGCCAAACAAAAAAAAAGUAACACUUGUGGUAUUUAACCAUAGUAACUCAAGUUUAAACAAGCCAUAUGAAAUACAAGCUAUCUAGAAAAGUAGUGUAAUGGAUCAUGAAUAUAAUGGUCCUAAACAAAUAAAACAAAGGCUUACAUGGUAUUUUCAAUAUUUACUUUUUGUUAGGCUUAUUGCAGUUUAAUGCAUACGUUCUGCCUGCUUGAAAUGUUUGCAAAACUAACUUGUUAUUUGUAAGAGGCUGAGUUAGGGUUUGUAUACUGUCUCAAACUGUCCUGCUCUUUGAUAACGACUCUUUGCUCAAAGCAAACUUGCAAGUAAGUCUUUAGACUGCAAUAUAAUAUGCUGUUAAAAAAAAAACUUGUAACUGUCUGCCAAAUAUAAAAGGCUAAACAAACUAUUCAAACUAUUCAUUUUAAAUGUUUGUUUCUCAAAUUCUGCCGCACUUUUGCUCCUUUUCAAGCUCUGGACACCAGCAAUUCGUUAAAAUUGGUAAAACGUUUUAACUAACUAGUUUAAAACGUGUUAAGUUUAUCGGGUUGCACCAUUACAACUUAACAAACGUGUUGAUAGGCAGAUAUAAUGUUAACAUAUAUCAGCAAGCUAACGUUAGCUUUGUCACUGAGCUAUAUAACGUUAACAUUUAUUACAGUAUAUCAGCUAGCUCACGUUAGCUGUGUUACUUAGCUACACAACAGUUAACAUUUGAUAAAUUGACAAACCAUCGUUAGAUUACUCUCUAAACUAUAUAAUGUUAACAUUUACUACAGUAUAUCAGCUAGCCACGAUAGCUUUGUUACUUAGCUACACAACAGUUAUCAUCUGAUAUAUUAACAAACGUUAGCUUUCUCCCUAAGCUAUAUCAUGUUAACAUUGUAUAUAUGAGCAAGCUAACGUUAGCUUCGUUACUGAGCUACGCAACAGCUAACAUUUGUUACGGAAUGCUAAUUAUAGCUAUGUCAGUUAGCUACACAAGAGUUAACAUGGAAUAUUAGCAGGCUAACGAUAGCUCUGUGUGAGAACUAGCUUAUGUGGUGCAACCUGUUAUAAUCUUUUUUUAUUUUGUGUUUAAAUCUUUACUCUUCUUGAUAAAACUAGUUUGAAUUUAUGAACAGCUGGUGUCAUUGUCCUGUUUUUUGGUAUUCAGAAUUAAAAAGGAAAGAUUUGGCUAGUAGCCUAAAGUGCAAGGGCAGAUUAGUACAGUACAAAGCUAAAUUCAAUCUGCAGUCACUUAGUGCAGAUCCCAACAGCAGUAACACAAUUAUCCAGUAGUGUGCAGAAAUGUUAAAUGAUGUCUCACAUAUGUAAGAAGGCAGGGAGAAAAUCAGUGGUGUGUUUCCAUUUGUCAUAUUAGCCCAUUUGUCAUAUUAGCUAAAAUAAUCAAUCAGAAAAAAACACUUUUGUGUAAAGUGCUCUUUAUUUCGUUAGCCCAAUAUUAGGGGCUUUAAUUUGAAUAUUUUUUUGUGGUUUUUAUUUUAUUUUUCUUAGGUUGUUGUUGCUUUUUUUAAAUUACAAUUACCGCAUCUCUCCAAACUAUGUCAUUCUGAUUUAAGUCGGCUUUGAUGAACUACCUCACGCUGAAUUUCUGCCCGUUCUUGCAUAUACUUAGUCGCCUGCAGAAUUAGCUAUCGAAGACGUGUGAAUAACAGAUUCCAUUAUUUAUUUAUUUGAAAGUGUACUAUUUGUCGGUUUCAACAGACUUCUAGUUUUGUACAUUAUGUAUACUUCACCUAGAAGUAAAGAGAAUUGUUAUAUGUAUUUUUUUUGGUUCUUUUAUUUUGGUUUGUUUUUUAGUUUUUAAACUAAAUGUGCAAUACCUUCAGCAAACUGUGCUAGUAGUGUGUGAUGGGCCUAGCCUUUUGUUAGCUGUCUCCUGAAGGUAAAGAAAAUGUUUGGUACUGUCAAUCCAUGUUUUCCUUUUUUAUGAAUAAGAUCAAUUUUUAUUUCUGUGACUUGUUUAUAUAGUCAUGAUGUUACGUAAUCAGUCUUACCCGCCAAAUAAAAUCUGUCGGCCCGAGGUUUGACGCAGAGACAGGAAGUUCUCUGCGUCACAACAAGGCCAACAGGUUUCUGAUUUGCAGUGUGGUAAGGACAAUAAUGUUAAUAAACACAAAAAAGAUGAGUAAAUACCUACAAGAAAUCAUUAUAUGUAUGGUGCUGGUUUGUAAUGUUUGCUAGUGAAUCCAGCCAUGCAAGUAGUUUUAAGAAUUCCUGGAUCUGCGCGUCCCAAAAAAAACGCAACCAACGAAGAAGUGCACUACUAGAAUACAUGCACUAGGAUCUGAUGAUGCCACCUCCUAAAAAAAACAAAAAAAAACAUGUACUGCAAAUAAAAGAAAUACACUUUGAA